AUGUUGAUCACCAGACCAUAUGCCUCCUUAUUGGACCUUCUAUUGACUACUCGCCCGGACUGCUAUCGGGUGUCUGUCAAUGCAAGCCUUGGGUCAUCUGACCAUUGCUUGGUACACGCCGGGUUACAACUUGUGCAUACAACGACUCUCCGUUCACCUAGGAGACGUUUGGGCGUCGCCGCAAAACGACGUGCAGACACAUGGCCCUACAUCUGCGAUAAAUGGGCUAGGGCUAUCGGACCAAGGACGAAUCUGACUAAAGAAGCAAAUCUUGCUACCGUUAAUACGUUAUUCAUUAAAAAGCCAGAAUAUCCGAUUACCUACAAAAGUAGAACGAGUUGUUCUCAGAUCGACUAUCUACUUUUUAACAGACAUCUCAGUGGAAGGGUCAAGAACUGUAAAGUAAUUCCAGGAGAAUGUAUAGCACCGAAACAUCGUCUUGUCGUCAUGGACAUAAAUUUUAGAUCCAGAACAACACAGAGAGUAGAAAAGGAACCAGUGCUGACCAAAUGGUGGCUUCUAAAGGUUGAAAAGAUGGAGGAAUUUCGUGAUAAACUUAAUGAUCUCAAAAUUGCAGAUAAUGUCAAUGACGUUAACAAAGUUGGUUGCAGGCAAAGAUUCUUACAUCAGCAAAUAAAGUACCUGGACAAACGAAAGGUGGAAAGCGAAUACCCAAAGAAACAUGGUGGAAGUUGUACAAGGAAAAAAAGAAAGAAGCUAGAAAAGUGGUCGGUGUUGAAAGAUCCAAACGACUCCCUUGAGACGAAAAACGGCCAAAAACUUAUCUUUAAGCUUGCAAAGUUGCGGAACCAGGCUACCAAAGAUUUUGCAAAGUCUACAAUAGUGAAAAGUCAAGAUGGAGCAUUAUUGCUUAACACAAACCCUUCCACUACAAACGUCUCCUUACCAGCAGUGAGCAAAAAUCUGGGCCUUAUACCACCGAUAACACCCCAAGAGGUUAAUGACUCGCUUAAGAAAAUGGCAAAUAAAAAGGCGAUAAGUCCAGGUGACAUCCCUAUAGAGGCGUGGAAGUGUUUGGGUGAGGCGGGAGUUGUAAUACUGGCUAACUUUUUCAGCAAGUUACUACUGGAAACCGCAUGUAUGCCAGAGGCUUGGAGGAUGAGUAAGAUAAUCCCUCUCUAUAAAGGCAAGGGAAGUCGGUAUGAGUGUAACAGCUACAGGGGUAUCAAAUUGAUGUGCCACACCAUGAAGCUGUACGAGAGAGUUAUCGAUAGCCGGCUACGUAUGGAAUGCUCACUCUCCAAAAACCAGUACUGCUUCGUACCAGGCCUGUCAACGAUUGACCCGACAUUCGCCAUGACCAUGAUCGCUGAAGUAUACAGAGAGAAAAAAGAGCCGCUACACAUCGCAUUUCUUGACAUGGAAAAGGCUUUUGAUCGUGUGACUCGAAGUACCAUGUGGUGGAGCCUCAGGGCAAGAAAUGUCCCCGAUGCAUACGUCUCAGUUAUUGCCGACAUGUACACAAAUGUUCGAUCGUUCAUAAGAACUAUUGUAGGAGUGACAAAAUCCAUCCCAGUCACAGGAGUUCAUCAAGGCUCGGUUUUAAGUCCAUUCUUGUUCAGCCUCGUGUUGGACACACUCACCGAGGAUGCUUAA